AACUAUUCUUUUCUUAUAAGCACCUAAUAAACUUAUAAGAGAUUCGACCGAAUCUUUCGAAAGAGAAGAGAAGAAAUUAUGAACCUGUAUCAGCUGAAUCAGAGAGAGUUCGAGUUAAGUUUGGUGGGACAAGGAAAGAGUUUGCGUUUGAUAAGGUUUUUCAUCAAGAUACAACUUAAGUGUUUUUGUUGAAGUGGAGCCAAUUCUAAGAUCUGCAAUGGACGGGCAUAAUGUGUGCGUUUUCGCUUAUGGUCAAAUCGGCACAGGAUGGUACAAAUGAGCAGUUAGGGAUUAUUCCUCGAGCUAUUGAAGAACUCUUUCGUCAAGCGUUAAUGGAUGUUUCGUCCUCUUUUACUUUUUCAAUGAGUAUGUUGGAAGUUUACAUGGGCCAUGUCAGGGAUCUGCUGUCUCCAAGACAGUCUUGUAGAACACAUGAACCUCUCACUAAGUGCAAUCUCAACAUCCAAACAGAUCCAAAGGGAUUGGUGGAAAUUGAGGGUCUCUCAGAAGUGCAAAUUUCUGAGAGUGCUAAAGCAAGAUGGUGGUACAACAAAGGAAAACGAUUCAGAUCAACCUCGUGGACAAAUGUAAACCAGGCAUCAAGCAGGUCGCACUGCUUGACAAGGAUAAACAUAUUUAGACGUGGGGAUUCUUCCGAAGCCAAAAGCGAAACAAGUAAGUUGUGGAUGGUUGAUCUUGGAGGCAGCGAACGAUUGCUAAAAACCGGGGCCAGAGGACUAACACUUGACGAAGGUUGUGCUAUUAAUCUUUCUCUUUCAGCUCUAGUUGAUGUCCUUGCAGCUUUGAAGAGAAAGAGGUGUCAUGUGCCUUACAGAAAUAGCAAGCUGACCCAGCUACUGAGAGAUUCUCUCGGAAUGAUACUGCUUUCUUCUCUAAAUUGCAAAUACAAUCAACUUUUGCGUAGAAAAUAAUGAGUAAUUGAGAGACUAGAGUAAGAACAAUGAGACAUCUGAAUGAACCAACCAUGUGCAGAUGUAAUAUGGACAGUCAACUGUUUGAUAUACUUUCAAAAGUUCUCUUGUUUCUCAUGUAUUUUGAGUUUUUGUAUAUGAUACAGUGGUUGUAAUUUAUUAAUUUCUUUUUAAGGUCUGUGUGGAAGUAGCAUAACAGUUGUUAUUUUGGAUUGAAGUUUUUGAUACUUUGAA